AUGUCUGCUGAAGUUGUUAAUCCCCCAAAGCACCAUAAACGUACCUUCACUGGAUACGCGAAACAUAUCAUCAAGAAAGAACAAGCUAAAUGGUCAAAAGAAACUUUAGCUUUGUGGGAAAAGUAUGGCGUUGGAGAGUCCGAUGAUAAGGAAGCUAUUCAAAAAUCAUUUAUUCGACACGUAACUACAACGCUUGCUAGAUCAAUGUUCAAUAUCGACAAUUUUAGUGCAUAUCAAGCAACUGCUCAUACCGUUCGAGAUAGAUUAAUUCAAAGAUGGAAUGAUACACAACAGACCCAUACUGAAGUUGAUCCUAAACGUGUAUAUUACUUAUCUUUGGAAUUCUUGUUAGGAAGAUCUUUAGAUAAUGCUCUUCUCAAUUUAGGAUUAAAAGAAAGUUGUGGAGAGGGUGUCAAGGAAUUAGGUUUCAGGAUGGAAGAUAUCCUCGAUCAAGAAGUCGACGCUGCACUCGGUAAUGGUGGUCUAGGACGUCUUGCCGCUUGCUAUAUGGAUUCCCUAGCUACUUUGGAUUAUCCUGCUUGGGGUUAUGGUCUUAGAUACACUUACGGUAUCUUUCAACAAAGGUUAAAGGACGGCUAUCAAGUCGAAUUUCCGGAUUAUUGGCUUAACUUUGAUAAUCCAUGGGAAAUUCCUCGUCUCGAUAUUGUCAUUGAUGUUAAAUUCUGCGGUUCCGUAAGUCGUUAUACUGAUGAACAAGAACGCGUACGACACGUUUGGGAAGGUACUGAAAUCGUUCAAGCUAUUGCAUAUGAUGUACCCAUUCCAG